GUAGGCUGCACGUGACCCUGACCUCGUUGCGUGGUCGAUGGGUGAGAGGUUGGUGUAGCCACCUUCUUCUCGUCUUGCGCUCUUUCACGGAUUCCCCGCCAUUCCACUCGGGCAUUUCCAGCUCAUUACAAUGAUUAAUGGAUAAAUUUUGCCGACAAGGAUGAUGACGAGACACCCUGUCCUACUACUGACGGCCUUUGUCGCCUUCAAGUCAGCCUUUGGUGCAGACGACAAUUGCCCGAACCGUAGACCUGACGUCGGCUGCAACCUAGACGUCAGCUUCGAGGACGUGGAGGCUUUCUGUAAUCAGAUUCCGACUUCGUCUGUGGCGUCAGCACCAACCAUCGAAUGUCACAGUCCGCUAGCUCACUCGGGAAAGUUCUUUGUUCUCCUCAUGGUGGACCCUGAUGCUCCGAGACCAUGUCCGGCGCCUUCUGGCUACUAUCUACACUGGCUUGCGGUGGUCACUGUCACAAACGUAGGAGUCGUUAAGACAACCCGCACGUAUGUCAAUUACGUUCCACCAACUCCUCCACAAGGGACACACCGCUACCAGCUGCUGAUGUACAGACUGUCUUCGAGUUCUCUGCCGACCGGAGCUGUGCCUGACAAGCGGUCUGGUUUCAGUUUGGAAGACUUCAGGGCAAGUGUGGGUCUUCAAGAAAACCCAGAUGCAAGCUUCCAGUUCCUGUACGAGCCUUAGACUUGGCGAACUUUCCCAGGGCAGACGACCUCCGCAAGUUUGUUUGAGGUUCGCUGGUCACGCGCUAUAAGCGAGGACCAGCGAUUGUGUUAAUAUUUAUCAUAAAAAUACAAACAUUAUUUUUAUUUUUAAUUGGAUAUCUGAGAGCCUUUUGAGACAUUCAGUAAUGAAUUCGUCAAAUCUCUGUGAAAAUAAACUUGCAAGAAAGCAGA